CGGGACGGGCGGGGCUGUCGGACCGCGCGCUGAUUGGUGGGCGCUCCGGAAGGGGCGGUGCCGGCGAGGAGCGGCCGGGGCGCCAUGGCCACAGCGACGGACCAGCUGGUUGGGUUCGGUUUGGUCGCCUUCAGCCUCAUCCUGUUUGUUUACUACACCCUCUGGAUCAUCGUGCUGCCCUUCAUCGACAACAACCAUGGGAUCCACCAGUACUUCCUGCCCCGGGAAUACGCAGUUAUCAUCCCCGUGGUGGCUGGGCUGCUGCUGGUGCUAUUUAUAGGUGUUUUUAUAGUGAUCGUGAUGUGGAAGAGCAGGAAAGCUGCCAAGAAAUCAGACUGAAGGCCCGGCUGAGAUGAGGAGAAGGUGCCCACCCUGUGGCAUCGUAGCCAGGAAAAGACUUUUCCCGCAGCUCUGGGCAGACGCCUCCUCCAGGGCACCCAAGCUGCUCCCACGUUCUUUCCAGCAGAGACUAAACCACCUGUAGUUUACAACUUACUGACCAAAGGGAAGCAGGACUCAUCCAAAGCUCAUCAAGAGAGGGACCAGAGCCCUGCUGAGGGACCUGCUCCACAGCUGGGGCUGCCCUGCCCAGCCUCUGGACACUCCUUCCCCUCUGCUCUGGCCCUGCCCAGUAGUUUGUUCCUUCUCAGAUUUUUUAAACGUUUACAUACA